AUGGGAAAACGGACACGAGCCUGCGAGGAAUGCCAUCGCCUCAAAAUCAAAUGUGAUGUCGGCAACCCAUUUGCCCUCAACGACGAUGCAAGCACAGACAGCAUCAACGACAACGGCAGCAGCAAGAGAGCCUGCGAGAGAUGCAUCCGCAACAAUAUCCAAUGCGUGCCAACAGCGCCACGACUGCAGCGAGAUCGCAUCAGCGAGCUCAAUGCCCAGGUAGAGCAGCUCAAAAGCGAGCUGCUCCUGCUUCGCGGCCAGAACCGAAACUCCAGCGCCAGCAGCUCAAAUUCUGCAAGGAGUGCUGACUUCUACCACGGUCGCAACGUGUUGUCUUUUCUUGACGCUCGCAUCCCCCAUGCUCUGCAGCAGGACCUGCUGCGCUUCUUUGUCCUUGAAGUCGCGCCGCAGUGGCCCAUCAUCCUGCUGCCAACGGACGACCUGGAUCACGCGCGGCGCGAGUAUCCGAUCCUGCUAUUGUCCAUCCUGACGUACACAGUCACACGAUCUGGCCAGAGCACUUCACAAGAGGUGCACGACGAUCUGAUCCACGAGGUGAUGCACGUCGUCGGGGAUGACAUUAUGGUCAGAGGCCAGCAGAGCCUAGAGCUUGUGCAAACCUUGCUGGUUGCUGGCUUCUGGAACAAAUCAGCCCGUGGAGAGUCGCACGCGAGCUGCUUUCAGCUAACCCAGAUCGCCACCGACAUGGCCAUCGACCUGAAUAUCGCCGGUCCCUGUCUCCGGCCGACACCAUCAGCAUAUUUUCGUCCUCAGGACAACCCGACCAGCACUGAUGCGAGACGGACGUGGUUGGCGUGCUUUUUGUGCAUGGCGGCCGCCUCGGUCAGCAACCGCCGACCCAUUGCCGUUCCUUGGAAUAGUUAUCACCACGAAUGCCUGCUUCAUCUGGAAAGCAUAGGCAACCCUUCAGACAUUCUGCUCUGUCAGCUCGUCCGCGUCAGUGUGCUUACCCAGGAAGUGUCAACGGCACUAAAGACAUGCGAUCUCACCGUUUUCAUGGAUGGCAACACAUACUCGACGCACGCCAUUAUGGACGACCUGCGAAUGCGGGCUGGCAACUGCGCCGCACAAGUCAUGAAUAUCACGCCCAGUCCUGGUAUGCUCAAGAUCCUUUGGCACGUGGCCAUGAUCUACAUCCACGAGCCCCUCUUUUGGACGCCCACAAACAUGGCGUCCUUUGCAUCGCCAUUCAUCCCGGGCCGCAUCGCCGUACACGACUUUGCGCAUCCAGAGCACCCCAUUCCUCCCCUGGAAGCAUCUCUCCCUGCAAUAAUCCAACACUGCCACGCGGUGAUCGACAUCGCGCACUCGGAACUAUCGCCAAUGACGAUCGUGCACCUCCCCAGCUUCUGUACGGCGCCGUUGAUCACGUACUCGAUGUACAUGCUCAUGUGCGUGCUCGUCAGCGCCACAGGACAACCCAGCGGAGUAUACGGACGAUACAUCACACGUGAGAUGCUGGCUGUGGACAAGUACCUCCUCAAGCUGCGCGACCUGGUUGGGCGCCUCAAGGUCGUCGAUCCGAUGAUGAGCUGCUACACAACGAGGAUAUUGGAUGCGACGGGGUGGUUGGAGCAGUGGUAUAAUGACUAUGCUGGGAUACUGCAGCGGUAUGAGUCGAAUAUGAGUGGUUGAGUACAGACUCUCUUUACAUAUGGUGCGCAGAAGAAGCAAGUACUGUACAGAUUUCAUGGUCUGCAUUGUUCUUAGACAGCUGCAUAUAGGCGGUGU